AUGUCUUAUGCUCUGGCUUCAAAAAAGCGGAAAUUUCACAGAGUCUUGGAAUCCCUAUCCAAUAACAGCAACGCCCCAAAACCCUCUCCGCCGAAACCUAUACCGAAAGAUCCCACCGUCGCAACCCCAAAAUCAAUCGACCCGACAAUUAAGCGGGUUCGAUUGACACCCGGCUCUGAACCUGAUGACACAGUAAUACGCCCGUCCAAAUCUUCCUUGCCAUCCCGCUCUUCCACUACUUCCCUGCGUCCAAAUUUCGUGCCCUGGGACCGCGAUCGCUUUCUGGAAAGAUUGGAGACUUUUCGCAGGGUGGAUAGAUGGUCCCCAAAGCCGGAAGCUAUAAACGAGGUGCAAUGGGCAAAACGAGGCUGGUCAUGUGUAGAUGUAAUGAGAGUGGAAUGUGUUGGCGGAUGUGGCCAUUCGGUUGUGGUGAAAUUACCCGAUGACAUUGAGGAGUUGGAAGAAUACGAUAGUGAGAAGAUCGAGGAACGGAAGCAAGUUCGGACUGCAUUGGUCGAGGAAUAUGUGAAGCUCAUUGUCGAAGGCCACGGAGAAAGGUGUCCCUGGCGUAGAGCUGGGUGCGACGAUAGCAUUCACCGCCUGCUUUUAGGGAAGCCAGAGAAUGCUUUGAAGGGGCUUAAAGAGCGCUAUACCAACCUUCACUCUUUGGCAAAGAAGUUACCCUGCAUAGAGCGGAUCGUGCUGCCUCAAAACAUGGAUAUGAACGAGUUGCUAAAGAUGAUUCCACCGGAAACUUUUUCUACUAGCGAUUCGGAAAGCAAAAUUGCAGGUGCGGAAAAAGAAACACCACAACGUACCUCAGGUGAAUCAGAGGAAACACCAAACGAAGGUACGCAUAAAGAUAUAAACAAGUCGGUACUUGCUCUCGCUCUUUUCGGCUGGGAUCUCUGCGGUGAUAAGCGUGCUGGACUUGCGAGCUGCAACGCUUGCUUUCGCAGGCUAGGUCUCUGGAUGUACAAUCCUAAAGAAGAUGGAUCUUCCUCUAUAUAUCCAACCCUCGACGUGGUUGUCGAGCAUCUCGACUACUGUCCAUGGGUCAACGCAAAAACACAGAGUGGUUCAGAAAAGCAACUCAGUCAGCGUUCUCCCGUGGGUUCUGCUCUGGCAGGCUGGGAGGUUUUGGAGCGUGUGAUACGAAAUGUGCACCGUCGAAAAACGUGGUCCGCAGAUUCAGAGGCUGGUUCUGCAGGGAAUAACGAUGAGAUCUCAGACCUCGGAGAAAUCGAUAUUGAAGCACGGAAAGCCAAGGAUCGAGAGUGGUGGGCUAGACUUCGAAGGGUAAGGCAAGCGCUGCAAGUCAAAGGGCCGAAGAAGAGCAAAGGCGCAGCAUAGUGUGUUUCUCCUGGCUUGUGCCUGCUAAUUCAUCUGUUUGCAAGUUUUAUGAUGUUUGAUGGCAUGGACGUCUUACGAACCUUUGCUCUAGAUACCCG